GAGCUCCCCAGGAGCUGAUCCAGGCUCUCCUUGGCCUCGAGUAGCCCCCGCGUGGAAGUGGACCUCCCUCAGCACCUGGCCUCUCUCCCACCUUCCCAGGAAACCUGUCGCCCCUGGAAUUUGAAGUCUGGAGAAAUGUAGAAUUCGAAGUCUGUUGGAGACGGCCUUUGAAGGGGCCUCCUGCGCAUCUUCCUUACCUGGCAGGUGCUUUCACCCGCCCCUGCCCUGCAUCCCCCCAGAGCCUGCCGUGGAAUCGUCCCCUUUCUGUGCGCGCUGGCACUCCUCCAAUGUGGACUCCAAAGGAUUUGUCCCUUUGCAGUUUGAAAUGAAAUGAUGGCCACACAUUGGACUGGUCUGCCCGAGGGAGAUGGUGACAAACUCAAAGCCUGCGAGGUGUCAAAAAGUCAAGAUGGAAAAGAACAAAGUGAAGCUAUAUCACCAUCUGAAGAUGAACCAUUUUCCUGGCCAGGGCCCAAAACCGUUAUGUUGAAGAGAACGUCUCAAGGAUUUGGUUUUACAUUAAGGCAUUUUAUUGUUUAUCCCCCAGAGUCUGCAAUUCAAUUUUCAUGCAAGGAUGAAGAAAAUGGAAACCAAGGAGGAAAACAAAGAAACCGUUUGGAACCAAUGGAUACCAUAUUUGUUAAACAAGUUAAAGAGGGAGGACCUGCUUUUGAGGCUGGACUGUGCACAGGUGAUCGAAUUAUAAAAGUCAACGGAGAGAGUGUCAUAGGAAAGACCUAUUCCCAAGUAAUUGCGCUAAUUCAGAACAGUGAUACAACAUUGGAACUCAGUGUUAUGCCAAAAGAUGAAGAUAUUCUCCAAGUGGCCUAUUCUCAAGACGCCUACCUGAAAGGCAACGAAGCUUACAGCGGCAAUGCCCGGAACAUACCUGAGCCUCCAGCGGUCUGCUACCCCUGGCCGCCGUCUGCUCCUUCAGCUGCGGCACAGCCGGUUGAAAUAGCUCCUCCAAACUUAUUAUUGAACAAACAGCAGACCAGUACACCAGUCCUGACCCAACCUGGCAGGGCCUACAGAAUGGAAAUCCAAGUGCCUCCAUCACCAACGGACGUUGCAAAAUCAAACACAGCCGUGUGUGUUUGCAAUGAAAGCGUGAGGACUGUCAUUGUGCCUUCUGAGAAGGUCGUCGACGUGCUGUCCAAUAGGAACAACCACACGGGUCCUUCGCACAGAACCGAAGAAGUCAGGUUUGGUGUCGGUGAGCAGGUCUCUUUAAAAACAGUGUCGAGAACCACGUCGCCAUCAUCAGUUCCCACCGCCCGUCUGACUCAUCAGACUGCAGGCUCCAGAUCAUUAGAACCUUCUGGAAUUUUGCUCAAGUCUGGAAAUUACAGUGGUCGUUCCGAGGGAAUCUCAAGCAGUAGGACUCAAACUGUGGAUUCUCCUUCGGUGCCUGUCAAUCACUAUUCCCCGAGCUCCCAUCAGCACAUAGACUGGAAAAACUAUAAGACUUACAAAGAGUACAUCGAUAACAGACGACUGCACAUAGGCUGCCGGACGAUUCAGGAAAGAUUGGACAGCUUAAGAGCAGCAUCCCAGAGCACAACAGAUUAUAACCAGGUGGUCCCCACCCGACCGACUCUGCAGGUACGACGUCGGAGCACCUCUCACGAUCGAGUGCCCCAGUCUGUUCAGAUCCGGCAGCGCAGUGUGUCUCAGGAAAGGCUGGAGGAUUCCGUGCUGAUGAAGUAUUGUCCAAGAAGUGCGUCUCAGGGAGCGCUGGCCUCGGCAUCUGUUAGUUUCAGUAAUCAUAGGACUCACUCGUGGGAUUACAUUGAGGGACAGCGUGAAACUGCAGAAAACGCCAACUCUGAAAGUCCAGUAUCCGACUCAAAUGGGGAGCGAAAACAGACUUAUAAGUGGAGUGGGUUUACUGAACAGGAUGAUAGGCGAGGUAUUUAUGAAAGACACCGGCAGCAAGAAAUUCACAAACCUUUCCGGGGUUCGAAUUUGACUGUGGCUCCAAGCAUUGUGAAUAAUGAUAACAGGCGAAUGAUUGGAAGAGGGGUGGGGUCACAGUUGAAAAAGAUUCCUCCAGAUACAAAAUCCCUGCAUUCCAGCAGAAACUGUCAAAGUGCUGGCGGGAUGUCACUGCCACGGGCUAUUUCACAGGACAGGUCCCCACUUGUGAAAGUUCGAAGUAAUUCCCUGAAAGCGCCUUCUCCACCUGUCUCAAAACCACCCUUCAGCCAGAACUCAUUGGUUUCCAUAAAAGACCAAAGGCCCGUAAAUCACGUGCAUCAGCACGGCCUACUGAGCCAGCAGACAUGGCUCAGGCCUGAAAGCACCCCAGAUCACCAACGGGAGCCUGAGAAAUCCCCAUCAUCACCCGGAACUUCUGCUAAGACUUGCCCACAGAGCAAUGAGAACAAUUUAGAAUUAUCUACCAGCCCAGGGAAUGGAGAUGUAAAUUCACAGGAAGCCGAGAUUCAGCAGCCAGAUGUGUUAGAUAAUAAAGAAUCUGUCAUCUUAAGAGAAAAACCUCCCUCCGGUCGCCAGACACCCCAGCCUUUGAGACAUCAGUCUUACAUCUUGGCAGUGAAUGACCAAGAGACUGGCUCAGAUGCCACAUGCUGGCUGCCUAACGAUGCUCGCAGAGAGGUCCACAUGAAAAGGAUGGAGGAAAGGAAGGCUUCAAGUGCCAGUCCCCCGGCGGACUCCUUGGCUUCCAUUCCAUUUAUAGACGAGCCAACCAGCCCUAGCAUCGACCAUGAUAUUGCACACAUCCCAGCUUCUGCUGUUAUCUCCGCCUCCGCCUCUCAGGUCCCCUCCAUCGCAACAGUUCCUCCAAGCCUCAUGACUUCAGCUCCUUUAAUUCGACGCCAGCUAUCCCAUGACCAAGAAUCUGUUGGACCUCCCAGCCUGGAUGCCCAGCCCAACUCAAAGACAGAAAGAUCAAAAUCAUAUGAUGAAGGACUGGAUGAUUAUAGGGAAGAUGCAAAAUUAUCCUUUAAACAUGUAUCUAGCCUGAAAGGAAUCAAGAUUACAGACAGCCAGAAGUCAUCAGAAGACUCUGGGUCCAGAAAGGAUUCUUCCUCAGACGUUUUCAGUGAUGCCUCCAAGGAAGGGUGGCUCCAGUUCCGACCACUGACCACAGACAAGGGCAAGAGAGUUGGUGGAAGUAUUAGGCCAUGGAAACAGAUGUACGUUGUACUCCGGGGCCAUUCCCUCUACUUGUAUAAAGACAAAAGGGGACAGGUAACUCCAUCGGAGGAAGAGCAGCCCAUCAGCGUGAACGCUUGCCUCAUCGACAUUUCAUACAGUGAGACCAAGAGGAAAAAUGUGUUCCGACUUACUACAUCCGACUGUGAAUGCCUGUUCCAGGCGGAAGACAGAGAUGAUAUGUUAGCCUGGAUCAAGACCAUCCAGGAAAGUAGCAACCUAAGUGAAGAGGAUACUGGAGUUACUAACAGAGAUCUGAUUAGUCGAAGAAUCAAAGAAUAUAACAGUCUGAUGAGCAGAGCAGAGCAGCUGCCAAAAACCCCUCGCCAGAGUCUUAGCAUCAGGCAGACCCUACUUGGCACUAAAUCAGAGGCAAAGCCGCAAAGCCCACACUCUCCAAAGGAGGAGUCAGAGCGGAAGCUCCUCAGUAAAGAUGAUACCAGUCCCCCCAAAGACAAAGGCACAUGGAGGAAAGGCAUUCCAAGUAUCAUGAGAAAGACGUUCGAGAAAAAGCCCACGGCCACAGGAACAUUUGGAGUCAGACUGGAUGAUUGCCCACCGGCUCACACUAAUCGGUAUAUUCCAUUAAUAGUUGACAUAUGUUGCAAAUUAGUUGAAGAAAGAGGUCUUGAAUAUACAGGUAUUUACAGAGUUCCUGGGAAUAACGCAGCCAUUUCAAGUUUGCAGGAAGAACUGAACAAGGGGAUGGCCGACAUCGAUGUACAGGAUGAUAAAUGGCGAGAUUUGAAUGUGAUAAGCAGUUUACUAAAAUCCUUCUUCAGAAAGCUCCCUGAGCCUCUCUUCACAAAUGAUAAGUACACUGACUUUAUUGAAGCCAAUCGCAAGGAAGAUCCUCUAGAGCGACUGAAAACGCUGAAAAGACUAAUUCACGAUCUGCCCGAACAUCAUUUCGAAACACUUAAGUUUCUUUCCGCUCAUCUGAAGACAGUAGCAGAAAAUUCAGAAAAAAAUAAGAUGGAACCAAGAAACCUCGCGAUAGUCUUUGGCCCCACUCUAGUGAGGACUUCAGAGGACAACAUGACGCACAUGGUCACUCACAUGCCUGACCAGUACAAGAUCGUGGAGACUCUCAUCCAGCACCAUGACUGGUUUUUCACAGAAGAAGGUGCUGAUGAGCCUCUUACAACAGUGCAGGAGGAAAACACAGUAGACUCCCAGCCAGUGCCAAACAUAGAUCAUUUGCUCACCAACAUUGGAAGGACAGGCGUGUCCCCUGGAGAUGUAUCAGAUUCAGCUACUAGUGACUCAACAAAAUCUAAGGGCUCCUGGGGAUCUGGAAAGGAUCAGUACAGCAGAGAGCUGCUUGUGUCUUCCAUCUUCGCAGCUGCUAGUCGCAAGAGGAAGAAGCCCAAAGAAAAAGCACAGCCCAGCAGCUCGGAAGACGAGCUGGACAGUGUGUUUUUCAGGAAGGAGAACGUGGAGCAGGGUCCGAGCGACCUUAAAGAGGAGUCGAGGAAAGACAGAGAGCCGUCAGGCGGAAAGCAGAGCAUCCUCACUACGCACGAGAGUAGCGCGAGGAAGGAUGCGGGCGCGAGGGGGAGGCCGGCGCGACAGGAGGGGCGCUCAUCAGGGGGCUCCGGGCUCAGCCGGCCGGGUGCAGGUCAGGACAGCCCGCGGGCCCCCGCACCCGGGCCCUUCCAGGCCGGACCGUGCAGCAGGACAGCCGCACAGCUCCCGGCCGGGGUCUCCGACCCCAGCACCAGCCUGGACCACGGCCGGCGCAGCCCGGACGCGCAGUCGGUGGCCGAGAGCAGGGGCGACGAGGCAGAUGACGAGCGGAGCGAGCGCAUCAGCGAGGGACGGGCGGUGGAGACAGACAGCGACGGCGAGGGCGAGCUGCCCCCUAGCCCGCCUGCACGGCCCCGGAGCGACCCGGACCCCCACGCCCGGCUGCGCCACAGACACUCGGCAGGUAGCGAGGGCACGGAGCGCAGCCUGACGCCAGACGUGGACAGCCUGGCGCCUGGUGUGGAUGACCUGACACCAGAUGUGGACGGCCUGGCCUUAGGUGUGGACGGCCGCCGGCCGCAGUUUAGCUCACACCGGCUCAUUGGCUGCGACACGCUGUCCAGGAGGAAGUCGGCUCGGCUCCAGGCGGACUGUGCGAGCCCCGGGGACUCAAGCGACAGAGACGCGCCUACCCUCGCCAGAGUGCUGGACGUGAUGAAGAGGGGCAAGUCCACCGGAAGUCUGCUCCCGCCGGGCAGAGGCGAGUUGGACAGGCCGGAGCCCACCUGGAGAGCGCGGAUCGCCGACCGGCUCAAGCUGCGGCCCCGCGCGCCCACGGACGACAUGUUCGUGGCACAGCCCACGGGGAGGAAGGGCAUCCGGCGCCGACACACGCUCGGGGGCCACCGGGACGCGGACAUCAGCGGCCUGGGAUUCUGGAAGGCGCACGAGCAGAGCGCGGACCCAGACUCGGAGCUUUCCGCCGUGAACCGGCUACGACCAAAGUGCCCAGCCCAGGACCUCUCCAUCUCGGACUGGCUGGCCAGGGAGCGCGUGCGCAGCAACGCCUCGGACCUGGGCGCAGACGCCCAGGAGCCGCAGCCUGGGAGUCCGGGCGUGCGGGAGACCGCCAGCACCGCCACCACCGAGGCACCCAGCACUACCACCACCGAGGCACCAUGCUCCCAGCACCGCGCCAGGGCUGCCACCAGCACCGCGGCUGCACCCAGCCGGCCCCUUCCCACACCACCACGGUCACCGGACCAAAUGAACGGAGAAAGCUUCCAGAACCGGAGCCAGAACGCGGGAUCCGCGGCCAGUGGCCGCCAGCACAGACUGGCCGAUGGGCCGGGCCCCAAGGCGCAGUUGCACCCGUGUCUUUAGGCGGCGGCAUGUCCACUCGAGCACGUAAAAAGCUAUUGUUACACGGUCCAGUAACUCUGUAAAUAUGUUUCUUGUACCAGAAUUGUUAUUAUGCAGCCUUGGUUUGGGCUGGUUUCAUCAUUUUGCACUGUGAACUAGCUUUACCGUGCAUUACUACAGCCAGAAGAACACACAUAUAUAUUUAAAAAUAUAUCAGAUAGUUGUAUACAAAUAAGCUAUUUGUUACAACUUAACUACAUAGUAUAUACCCCAAAUUACUGAACAAAAUCGCUGUUACUAUGCAGCAAAAUUGUUCUUUCGGUUUUCUCACUAACAAAAGUGCCUCAUGAAAGUACGUUUGAUUUUUAGGGUGCCAUAUUGUCAAAAUUAGAUAACUUACAUUGAAUAAAUGAAUGCGUUUUACCAGUAACAACGUUCAUUACACUCACCAGUUCUAACACAGGUUGGUACAGAACUUCAAUUCCUUAGUCAUUCCAGGUGGAUCUGAGUUUUAUAUUCAAACUUUUAAUACAGUUUUUGAGUUUUGUGUGACUUGAAUUUUUAAUCUUUCUGUAAAAUACAUAACUUAAAUGAACAUAUUAUAUGCGUAUCUUUUCUUCAGAUACCAGAUUUUAUAUAAAUGUUGUAACAUAGGUAUGUAGAUAGUGGAUCCUGGAUGGAACUGGCUUCUUACAAAGAAGGAUAUGAAUCUGCAUGAGUACUUCAAACCUGUGUCAUGCCUCUGCGCAUACCCAAUUAAACACUGGAAAUAAAAAUUGUUUUGGUGAACUUUG